CAUCGUUGAAUAUCCACUUUCAAGUUCGCUUCGAAGAUACGAAAUACUGAAGAUGGCAGAGAAGAAAAAAGAUGAAAAGGAAACCAAGGAAACUGAAAAUUUUAUUCUCAAGCUGAGCGCUGAAACAGUGUUAUUUUCAAAUGCAAAACUUGGUGAUGAGGUCACAACAACGGUGUUGAAAAUGACAAAUCCUACGACGGACAAGUGUGCUUUUAAAGUCAAAUGCACUUCGAAUGAUUUGUUCAAAAUCAAAACACCAGUCGGCUAUAUCAAACCAGAUGAAACCAUUGAUAUACCGUUGUGCCACAAUCCAGGAAAAGCGAUUCCAGAAAACAAUAAGCAGUACUUUGCAUUCUACUACAUUAAAACAAAGGAAGACGGACCUGCUCGUGACGCAUGGAAGAAUCAUAAGCCAGAUGGAAUGAAACGCAUUUACAUUUCAUUUAAAAAAGGUGACGAGAAAGGAGAUGAAAAAAAGGAUGAGAAGAAAGAAGAAAAGAAAGAGGAGAAGAAAGAGGAAAAGAAAGAAGACAAAAAGGAUGACAAAAAGGAAGCAAAGAAAGAAGAGAAGAAAGAAGAGAAGAAAGAGGAGAAGAAAGAGGAGAAAAAAGAGGAGAAGAAAGAGGAGAAGAAAGAGGAGAAAAACGAUGAGAAUAAGGAAGAAAAGAAGGAAGAAAAGAAGGAUGAAAAGAAAGAGGAAAAGAAGGUUGAAGAGGCAAAGAAAUAAAAAAAAAUUAUGUGAACUUUUUAAUCUCGAAUAAAGUUUCUUCAAUGAAUGUUUUCCUCUGUU